AUGGUGAAGGGUGUAUUGAAACCUCCACAGGAGAAGAACAUACAGGUUGUCGUUAGAUGCAGACCUGUCAAUUCCAUCGAGAAAAAGCAAAAUUCCUACUCAGUGCUGGAUGUGAAGCCUUCUAAGAAAGAGAUUUGCGUCAGCACAGAAGUUGCUGAAAAGGCUUCAUCAAAAAUAUUUAGCUUUGACAAGGUUUUUGGUCCCAAGUCUCCUCAAAUCGAAGUGUACAAGUCGGUAGUUGCACCGAUUCUCGAUGAGGUCCUCAUGGGAUAUAACUGCACAGUGUUUGCCUAUGGUCAAACUGGAACAGGCAAGACUUUUACCAUGGAAGGAGAAAGAACACCCGACCCAGAUUUGUCUUGGGAACAGGACCCACUGGCUGGCAUCAUCCCUAGGGCCAUGCACCAGAUCUUUGAGAAGAUGAUUGGCACCGAUAUUGAGUUCUCUGUGAGAGUCUCCUAUCUUGAGCUGUACAAUGAGGAGCUCUUUGAUCUGCUCUCCUCUCAGGAGGACACCCAAAGGCUCAGAAUCUUUGAGGAUUCUGCCAGGAAGGGCUCUGUUGUGAUUCAAGGGCUUGAAGAGGUGACGGUACACAACAAGAACGAGGUUUACGCCAUUCUUGAGAAGGGCGCGGCUAAGAGAAAGACAGCUGCAACCCUCAUGAAUGCACACUCCAGUCGUUCUCACUCGGUCUUCUCAGUGACCAUUCACAUCAAAGAGAAUUCUAUUGAGGGAGAUGAACUGUUAAAGACAGGCAAACUCAACUUGGUGGAUCUGGCCGGGAGUGAGAACAUUGGACGCUCAGGGGCAGUCGAUAAACGGGCAAGAGAGGCCGGUAACAUCAAUCAAAGCUUGUUAACACUGGGACGAGUCAUUACAGCACUGGUUGAGCAUGCCCCUCAUGUGCCAUACAGAGAGAGUAAGCUAACUCGUCUUCUCCAGGACUCACUUGGAGGUCGGACCAAGACCUCCAUCAUAGCCACCGUCUCACCAGCUUCCAUCAAUGUCGAGGAGACACUGAGUACAUUGGAUUACGCACACAGGGCCAAGCACAUCACAAACAGACCAGAGAUCAACCAGAAGCUUACCAAGAAGGCUCUUCUCAAGGAGUACACUGAGGAGAUUGAGAAGCUAAGAAAAGAUCUGUUUGCUACAAGAGAAAAGAAUGGCAUCUACCUAUCUGAGGAGCAUUACAAGAAUAUGGAGGUUUCUAUCGCCUGUCAGAGAGCGCAGAUCAAAGAGAUGGAAGAGAACAUAGAGGAUCUCACUACACAGAUGCAGAAGGUAACAGAGCUGUUUGAGUUCACUCAGAAAGAACUGGAAGAGAGAACGGAAGAACUGGAGGUAACCACCAAGAAUCUUGAAGAGACCACUGAAACCCUUCACGUAACAGAAAAGGAUUUGAGGGUGACAACACAGGAUCGUGAUGAACAGUGCCAUCUAGUGUCAGAGCAUGUCAAAACAGAGACACAACUCAUGUCAGAAGCCACACAGCUGCUCUCUACUGCGGAUAGCAGUGUGACUGACGUAGGAGGGCUCCACGCCAAGCUGGAUAGGAAGAGGACGGUGGAAGCACACAACAAGUCAGCGCAGGAGGUGUUUGCAGAGAGCUUCCACAGCUAUACCUCAGACAUCAAGAGCUCCCUCUCCAGGCUGAGGGAAGAGCAGCAGGGAAAAUGCACUUCAAUGCAGCAGCAAUUCGAGUUCAUGAUCAGCAAACGAACCAAAGAAGCCGGUGACCUACGAGCUUCCCUAUCAGAUAUGGUCACCUCGGUCAAAGGUCAUUCUGCGGGCAUGAUGGAAGAGAGUCAGAGAAAGAGAGAGGAGUGGGAGAAAUGGUCCAAUGAUGCCUGUGCUGAGCAUUCAAAAUUCAAGGAGGAUGUAAUUGAUAGUAUGAAUGAUUUCCAUAGCAACCGUUUCCUGACUGCCAUGAACAUGCUUGCAGAGAAGCUGUCAUCUUUGACCGAGUCACUCAAUGAAUGUCGCACAGACAUCAAGACACAGAUCAAUAGCCAAUCUGAGACUGUACAAGCAUGCAUUGAGAAACAGCUUGACCAAGUCAACGUCAUGACAACGACAGUUGAAAAGUUCUCUGACCAUCAGAGGAGUAAGAUAUCGGAUCUUUCUGGUCAACUGGACAUGCUCAAGGAUCAGGAGAGACACCGCAAUCAAGACAUGAUGAAGUCUAUACAAGGCCUGUUUGCUCAGAGGGAGGAAAGCUUUGCUUCAGAGACCACCAAGCUCCAAGAACAAUUGGAAGAAGCAUCCACCGAUACAGAAAGUGUAAAGACCAGCAUACUACGUCAAGAAACUUCUGUACAAGAGUCCUGUGAAUCCUUUAGGAAUGCACACAGAGAAUCAAGUGAGCGUCUCAUUUCAAGUGCUGACAGUCAUCACGAAAAGACUGUUGCUCAAGUUGAAGACAUCAGGCAGCACAACACCUCCAUGGAGGAAUCGGUGAACACACACACAAACACACAGAUAGAAAGACAGACGCAGCACAUGGAGCAAGUCUGUGAAAAUGUCAAAGGUCACAUGGAAGAGAUCUCGCAGCAUGUCACCAAGCAGAAAGCUGACAAAGAGGCAAUGACCAUUGAGCAUGAGGCAUCCGAUGAGACACUAAGCAGCACCGUGGACAAACAACUGACCGAGAUGACCACCACGGUCACUGAUUGGACGGAGGAUAGCAAGGCUCGGUCAGAGGACAUGACCAGCUGGACGGCAGAGAUGGAGGAAACGGUGGAGAGUGGACUGAAGAGAGUGGAGGGAUUCCUGACACGGGACUUGAAGGAGGAUGUCCCAACAGGUACUACACCUCAGCGCAAGCACUUCUCCUAUCCUCGUGACCUGACCAGCACAGAGCCCCAUGGCAUCAUACUCAACAGGUUCCGUCAAGAAUGCGAGCUGAAUCAAGCAGCCGAUAUGCCUCUCCCUGAUGACAGUAUUGCAAGCGAGAGUCCAUCAGACAUGUCUCUCCAGUCAACGAAGGAGAUGAAGAUCGGCCAAUCAGAAAGCUUCCUCGGUGAUACCAGCACAGACGCCAAUGAGAGUACCUUAUCAAGAUCACAAUCUCAACAGUCUCUUACUUCUAAGAGUAUUGAUGGAGACGACACGAAGGAAAACUUUGUAAUGCCCAAAUCUGUGACCACCGCCCGCGGCAAGAAGCUGCCAAGAGAUCGCAGCAAGAACCGCACUCCCAAGACCAAGUCACGAUUGCCACUCCGCUCGGCAAAUUCUGUCAAUUAA